UUCGUAGCACACAGCUUACUCUGCUGGACAACAACAACAACAACAAGCACAACUUGUUGCGUACAUACACACACACAUAUAUACAUAUAAGCGAGCGCUGUGUGUGUGCGUGUGACCUUUGUCGGCGUUUCUCUUUUCCCCUCGAGCAUUUUUUGUUGUUAGCAUGGAGCAACACAUAGAACUGGAGUUGCAACCGCUGCAGAGGCAAAAAGAAGCAGAGCUGAGUGGCAAAAGAAGCAGCAGCAAAGAGGAGGAGGAGCAAGAAGAGCAGGAAGAGAGAGAAUUGCUGCAAGUGGAGUUGCAACAACAACAGGAGAACUAUGUGACAGAGCUGCCCGUCAUAUCGAUAACAACGCCGCUGCCUGCAACACAGGCAACAACGGUAACAACUGCAACACCUGCAACACCUGCCACAGCGGGAACAUCGCGACAACUGUUUAAAGAGGCGUCAAGUGCACAUGGAGUCAUGGAAUCAACGGCAUUCAUGCAACAUGAACUAAACAACAUUGCGGCAACACAAUUGGAGCCAUCCGUCUCCAGGAAUCCCUCCACAACAGGCGGAACUCGACACGGACACGAAAAGAAACUCGGACAUCGUCGGGUGGCCGAAGGAGGAGAGGUUACCUACAAGAAGAUACAAUCCAAACAGAUCAUGGGAUCCAUACAAUUGGGCAUACAACAUACUGUGGGAAGUCUGGCAUCGAAACCCAAAAGAGAUCUAUUAAUGAACGAUUUCUGGGAGAUGGAAACAAUUGCAUUUCCCCCGGAUGGUUCCUCCUUAACACCCGCCCAUCAUUAUAACGACUUUCGUUUCAAAGUCUAUGCGCCAAUUGCUUUUCGUUAUUUUCGAGAUUUAUUCCACAUUGAACCCGAUGAUUUUCUCAUGUCCAUGUGUGCAUCUCCCAUGCGAGAAUUAUCGAAUCCGGGUGCGUCUGGUUCCAUUUUCUAUUUGACGGAUGAUGAUGAGUUUAUCAUUAAAACGGUGCAGAAAAAGGAGUGUGAUUUUCUGCAGAAACUAUUGCCGGGUUACUACAUGAAUCUCUCGCAGAAUCCACGCACUCUACUACCCAAAUUCUUUGGUCUCUACUGUUUCCAUUACAACUCGAAGAAUGUGCGUUUGGUAGCCAUGAAUAAUUUGCUGCCUUCGGACAUUAAAAUGCACUCCAAAUACGAUUUAAAGGGUUCCACAUUUCGCAGAAAGGCUUCCAAAGCGGAGCGACAAAAGGCGAGUCCAACUUUUAAGGAUCUCGAUUUUGCCGAGCAUCAUCCACAUGGCAUUUACCUGGAAGCAGAUACAUAUACAGCUUUAAUGAAUACUAUUAAAAGGGAUUGCAUGGUGCUGGAGAGUUUUCAGAUUAUGGAUUAUUCCUUGUUGCUUGGCAUACAUAAUCUCGACGUUGCGGCAGAGGAAAAGAGGGAGGAACGUAUACGUAAUGCGCGGGCAAAGCUACAGAAAAAGGAGGGAGCAGGAGGAUCAGGUGUAAAUGUUAAUGCUCCCGAAGCAGAUCAAGUGCAUCAACUACAUGCAGUUGCUUCCUAUGCCUCCAUUCCAGGCACUUCCGCAUCCGGUUUGAAUCGCUCACGCAGCAUGAAUCGUCAUCGUGUUGUGGCACAUUCCACGGCCAUGGAAUCGAUCACCGCCGAUCUGGAUGCGACUGUCGAAGAGGGCGACGAUGAGCCGAAGGGUGGCAUUCCAGCCAGAUCGGCGAGGGAUGAGAGAUUAUUGCUGUACAUUGGCAUUAUCGAUAUAUUGCAAUCGUAUCGAUUGGAGAAGAAACUGGAGCAUACAUUCAAGAGUAUACUGUACAAUGGGGACACAGUGUCCGUCUGUCGUCCGUCGUUUUAUGCCAAGCGGUUUCAGGAUGCGAUGGCCAAGGUGUUCACAAAGACGCCAACAUUUCCGCUUAAACAUUCCCCCUCCAAGCGUAAAACAUCAACGACCCAAUUGCGUACGCCUCUAUUACGUACGCCCAACAGCAAUCCAGCCGGAGUGGGCGUGGCCGGUGGCACGGGAGGACGUGCAAUGGGUUUGACCAUGUUGUCGGGCAAUUCAACGCCACCGCCAGCUUUUGAUGAUAUCUCCGAAGAGGAUAUUACAGCAGAUGCAUCUUCCACAACAUUGCAGCAAAGAUCGAGCAACAGUGAGCGGCAAUCGUCAUUAACAGUGGCAGGAGGAGGAGGAAGAGGAGUUGUGGCAGGUGGCAGACUUCAGACGACUUCACCAAUGUCUUACAACAGUUCAAUGACUAGCGAUUAUAGCGAUGAUGAUGAUCUGGAGUCCAACACAGGACACAGUCAACAUCGCAGUCACAGUCACAUUCACAGUCAAAGCAAUGGCAACUUGCAACAUGAGCGCGAGUCAAAAGCCCGCAGCUUGCAACGCACCUUGCAACUGACCAAGACGAGUGUGCAAGUGACCACAGUGGGUUAUGUGGAUGUGGAGGAGGUGGAUUUGGAUGUGGAGCAGACACCGGAUGCGGCGAAUGGCAAGCCGAUGGUGUUGCAUGCCACCACAAAGGCGCCCAGCUAUACAACAACGCUGCUGCUCAACGAUGUGCCACAUUGAGGGGCAAGAAAGUGGAGACAGAGAUUGGAGGCGUGUAAUAAAUAUAUAUCCCUGUUUACCCAACAACAGAUUGGUGCUGGCUUUCACUACCUGCAACACACUGUGUGUGUGUGUUUGUGUGUGUGCCACAUGUGGCAUGUGGCAAGUGGCGGACUCUCAUAUUCGCACAGCUCGUUUAUCUUGAUUAAACAAAUACCAAAAAAGCGAAAAUGUAUUCAAUAUGAAAAUUUAUGUGGCGCGUUUGUUAAUUGACUGCCACACACACACACACACGCACACUCCAACACACACACACGCACACUCCAACACACACACACACACAUGCAACAUUCGCGCUACCAACUGAAAAAUCUAAAGGAAAUUCUAGCAAAAAUUCAACACAAUUUGUUUAUUCUUUUCUUUCAUUAAAAAAUCCGCAUUAUUUUUUUCUUUUAUUUGUUUAUUUUACUUUUCCUUCAUUUUUUGUUUGUUGUAAACUCGACUUGUAAUUUGUCUGUGGCCUUUAUUGGAAAUUAAUUCUUGAUAUUAUAUCUUAUAUGUAUUACUCGUACUGCAAGUUUUUCUCUAGCAUUAGAAAAUGUGAGAAAAUUAGAGAGAGAGAAAAAAUAAACACAAGUUUGACAUU